CAGGGAUGUAAUCGAGCAGGAUCCGUUUGAGUCCUCGCAGCUCAGAGGAGGUUCAGCAGCUUCAGCCAUCUGUCAUCUGAGCACCACACACAAAACAGACAUGUCUGACUUAACGGAGGACCAGAUCAUGGAGUUCAAGGAGGCCUUCCUUUUGUUUGACCGGACGGGCGAGGGGAAGAUCACCUACAGCCAGUGUGGCGACGUUAUCCGAGCUCUGGGACAGAACCCAGUCAAUGCUGAAGUACUCAAAGUCCUGGGAAACCCCAAGCUAGAAGAGAUGAACACCAAGAUGCUGGAUUUUGAACAGUUCCUGCCCAUGUACCAGGCCAUUGCUAAGAACAAGGACCAGUGCUCCUUUGACGAUAUUGUCGAAGGCUUGCGUGUCUUUGACAAGGAGGGAAAUGGCACAGUGAUGGGAGCCGAGCUGCGUCAUGUCCUCACCACGCUAGGUGAAAAAAUGACAGAAGAAGAGGUGGAGACUCUUUUAGCAGGACAUGAAGAUGCCAAUGGCUGCAUUAACUAUGAAGAACUUGUCCGCAUGGUGCUCAGCAGUUGAGAUCUUCCGAACACCACUUCCAGAUGUGUUGACCUUCCAUUGAGCCCCCCCCCCCGCCCAAUGUUUUUUUUCUUCUUUUUUCCCUGUAACAUUUUUUUUGUGCCUUUUCUGUCAGACACUUUUACCUCAAUAUCCAAACAUUCACCUGCAGGCACAAUCAGUAGUGGUAUUUUUUAUUUAUUUUUUUUUUUUCCUUUUGUCAUUUGUCAGUUUUGUUGUCAACAGUUUUCUUCUUUUGAAUGGAAAUGAUGAUGGGAAUUCUGAAAGUUUGGAAUAAAAAUCCUGUCUUACAAAGUGCCAUCGAGGCUAUGAGUCUGGUUAAACUUAACUUUUUUUUACUUUAAAACCAAUUCCACUGCUCAUUAAUGAACAUAUUUAAUCAACCAAUCACAUGGCAUUGCAGUGCAUUUAGGCAUGUAGACAUCAACAAGACAACCUGCUGCGGUUUAAAACCAAGCAUCCAGAGGUGGCACAAGUACGGGCGUUCUGUACUUAAGUAGAAGUACAAAUAUUUGUGUUUAAAAAAAAAUACUCUGGUAAAACUUGAGUAAAGUUGAAUCAGUUAAAGUAAAAGUGGAAAAAGUACAGGCUCUGAAUUGUACUCAAAGAAAGUAAAAGUAGCUCACUGAAGGCUAUUUUUGUGUAAACCUAAAUGAGCUAUGUUGUUAUAAUAGUAAAAUUGUAUAAACUAACAAUACAAACAUUAUUCCAACCUAAAUGCUAAUGUACUCAGCUUGAAUCUGUUACCUACAUUGUCACUGUUAUUGACCAGAUGCUUUUGUAUGAUGGUGUCACUUGUGUUAAAACAAUACAGGAUAUGAACUAAAUGCUACAUGAAUAAAACUUAGUGUAAAUAUUGUCCUUUCACUAAAUGAAAAUCAUUCUGAUCCAA